CUUCAAGGAUGCAAGACCUGUUGGCCGACGAAGAGAACCAGAGCCGACGGACGUUUUGCCAGAUGCCAUUCAGCGCGAUCUACGAGAAUGCGGAGAAGGGACAGACUUCUGUCGCCAACUUACUCGCGUUCAUCAAGAAGAAGAACACCGCUGAACGAAAAUGUGCCGACGCGAUGCUGACGUACCUGGGCGAAGUGGGCGAACUGGGCGAGUUCGAAGAGCCAGGAACGUCCGUCAAAGGCGUGCUAAACCAGUGGCACACGUACUUGCACACGCUCAACACGCAGCAACUCACGUGGACGCAAGUGGUCGACGAGCAUGUGGCCCGGCCCCUCGUGUCCCUGAAAGAGGCAUCCACAAGCUACAUUCAAACGUUGCAGGCCGAGCUCGCUCGCGUCAACGACGAGUACACUGCCGCAGAAGCCCAGCAACGCAAGGCCAAAGACGUGUGCGAUGUCGCGCGGCAGGACUUUGAGGACGCCGUCAUUCGACAAGACGAUGCAUUGCACGAGAUUGGCGUGCCGUCGUUCGAGCUGCAGCGGCUAGCAUACCGCGUCAAGACAGCCGAACUAGAAGUCAACCGGUCGGUAGCCGAGAAAGCUCAGGCCAAGACGCAUCUACUCCAGACGAUCGUGUCCAGGGAUGAGAUGAGCAUGGCCGUAAGCGUGGCGUACCAGCGCGCAGAAGAGGAGCGGCGGGACCAGCUAGGCGCGUGCAUGAAGCUGUGGCUGUCCGUUGAGAAGGAGCACAUCAAAUUCCGAGAAAAGCAGCUCCAGCAGCUGGAAGCGCACGUUGUGCGCAUGGAUCGCGCCGGGGACGUUCAGCUGCUUAUUCAUAACCACCGCCAUCCCGACAAUUUGCAUUUUCAAGGCAAAGCAUUGUCGCUGUUGGACUGGCAAUGGACCAACCAAGAAGAGAUGACCCCUCUGUCACAUACUCUUCCUGGGUCACGCACGUGGACCCCUCCCCCCCCGACGACGACGACGACAGCCCAUUUGCCACACGAACCAGACGUUCCCCACGACUUGGCGGCGCUCCUGUCCAGUCAUUUCGACGACCAAAGCGAAGUACUGGACGACGACCAGCACGACCCCCCCGCCGCCGUCGCAGAUUGCAGUUCUGCCGAGGCGCGCCAACUGUUUGUACAGACGCUGAACCGCCAGCGCAGUCUGGGCACAAAAGUGGCGUGUCCACUCAAAUUCCGCCGACUCGUCCAGUGCUUUCUCGCAUUCUUCGAUGCGUGUGUGCUGCAUGAUGACACCAAAGCGGCCAAGACGGCGAUGAUGCUGUCGGCUACGUUUUACAUGAUUCCGCCAGACCACCAUGUCGCAGACGACAUAGUGGCGGCGGACCAGCGGCAUAUUCGGCGAUACGUGCAAGAAGAUGUCAAGGGCCACGUAAUUUGGAGCAACCCCAAGUUUUGGGAAAAAGCGUUAAUGCUGGCGAUUGGCGAAGAACUGCACAAGACACCGAGACGGUGCGCAUGGGAAGAUUUGCCGUCAAACGUGCCUCGAAGUGACGGAGUGCUCAGUCGCGAAGAAGCCGUGAGUUUGGUGCACAAUAUUGUGGUAUAGUUACACGAGUCUUGUUGGAUGGGGGUUGCUAAGUGUGUCGAGUAGUUUGGGCAGUUGGGGUCGUUUACACUGAGCAUGCUCGAGAUGGACGUGCCGAUUACCCAGAUCCGAUACUUUAUCGAAACCAUGUGCGACGCCCACGAGCUCACGGAAGAGCAGCGCUUUCUCCUACGGGCCAACUUGCGUGAAAUUGCCAUCAAGCUCGGCUACACCCCCAACACCAACUCCUCAUAACCUUGUUAGAUACGGCUUGCGAUGGGACGGCCACGACAUAAUGGAAAGUGAAUGGAGGUGUCAAUGUCAGUUUACAAGCUCAAGUUUGCAUGCUGAAAUCUGC